AUGUCCUUGAUAACGACGUACAACGUGAAGAACAACAAGGCUGCUUUAGUGGGCAAUUGGGUCGAGGAAGACGCUCUCCGUGACAAGACCGGCCAUGCUCGUCGAAAAGUGCCGGCACCAUAUUUCGCUCCAGAUCGAAAGGAGUCGCGGAUUGAGCCGACAUACGAACGUGUUCUCCUGCAUGACACGCCUGCCAAGCUGACUUGCAACAGCCACGCUAGUGAGUUCACACCUCCUCGGUUCGAAACCACACUCCAAGCGAGCCACCGGUAUGCCGACUAUGCAGUGGAGAAACCAGGACCUGGACCUCGAAGCUCUCUACGUGACCAGUAUUUAGCUGAGACUGCCCAGCGUCUUCACAGUGAGCAGCGUGCACGGGAGCGAGACGAACAACAACAAGAAUGCCACGAAGCAGCACGCACCACCAUAGCUAAAAGCUCAUACUUACCGACGGACACUUCGGCGCUGGUUAAGGACCGCAUUCCUCGAGGACGCAAUGGUUCUCUGGCUCGUCAGGUGGACCCAAACGUUCAGCACUUGACGAAGGCGCAGACUGACAGCAUCGACCAAAUGAAACUGGAUCUACUGCAGGACACAACUGUCACCAGAUACUCGUACGCAGUGACUACGGGGGUCGGAUUAAACUUUGCCACGACUGUCUCGGACGGGAGCAACGCCUUUGGUCGGUCCAGCACAUUCACGAACGAGCUCAACGACCCGUCAAAGCGUCACGGGGAAGCCACGGAGCCUGGUUCAUUGCACGAUGAACGGAAUGGAGCUAGUGUGCAUCAGCGUUCAGCAUUGAAGAGGCUACUUAACGUGCUGAAGGGAGACCCCGACACUGCUCAGCGUCUCCUCGAUACUUUAAGGUUCGGGCCAGCGAAGUCGGCAAGAACCGAUCAGCCGCAACAGGAAGACGAGCGCGAGUACAUCGAGAUCCAUGACUUCCGCGCGGCAUUUACGGCAACAGGAGCCGCUCUCCCUGCCAACAGGAGCCGCUCUCCCUGCCAACAGCGUCGUUCGUGGGUUACCAGCCAUUCUGACUAA